CUCCCUUCUCCCUUUUUCUUCUUUGCGUGCUCUGGCCCUCUCGCAAUUGUAUGGUGGAGCAGCUGCACAUCGUCAUUUACCUCGGCAUCAGCUGUUUGAAGACUACGAGAAACACAGGCAGGAGCAAAGGAGACUCAAGACCCAAGGGCAGAGCAAGAACAGCCACACGCUCACAAGACCACAGCAACACAGCUGUUUGAGCAGCCAGCCAGCCCCAGCCAUCAUCAAAGCACUGCAGCACAGACUGUACGACAGACAUCAUGUCAAGGGUUAUUAUGCCGGGCCACCUGGACGCCAGAGGAGUGGCUCAAGCAGCUGGUAUCCCAGAAUGGUGCACCAAACCCGAAGACAUCUGCAUCCGGCCCACGGAAGCCAUCGUUGACGCAUCUGGCCCCGUCGACGAGUACCUGACCCAAGUCCUCCGGCGCAUCAAGGCUGAGUUCAAAGCAUUCUACGAUGACCUGGACCACGAUUAUCCCACCAGGUACAUUGCCAAGGUCAGACUGACGGGCGGGAGCCUCACGGUGACUGACAUGAAGCCUGAAGAGACAGUGGAAGAACGCGUCGAGGAGCUUGAAAAGUUUGACGCGGGUGACUUUCAGUACCACAUGCUCAAGUACAAGGGAGCGUUUUACAUCGCUUUUGGGCAACGAGGAGGGCAAUCCCUCUCCCUUGUGCCGUGUGGACCGCCUUCCUCCCAAGCAGGCAGCCCUCGCACUGGCUGGGCUGCCUUGGCCCUCCAACCCGAAGAGCAUGACAAUGACCAUGCACUCGUCCUCGACUACAGUUACGUCGGCGACAUCAUCGCACAGGCGCAGGCCUGUAGGGCGCUGCUGGAGCGUGGGGAGCACUCCGCACUCCUGACAGCGGUCGCUGACCCAUCUCAGCGCACAGUGGUGCCGUACAAUCAUCGCAACUUCAGCGAGGAUGUGCCCAUCAACGAGGCCCAGCAAACCGCGCUGAGGGCCCUCCGAUACAACGUCGAGGCUGUUCGAGGACCACCGGGGACAGGCAAGAGUACAACCAUCUAUCACCUCGUCAAGAGUGUGCUGGACCCAAGCGGCAUCACCAUCGUUACUUGUGUCCAGAACAAGGCUGUUGAAGCUGUUGCUGAGAAGCUGCGCCAAGGCAGCAUCGAGUUUUUCGUUGUGGGCAACUACGAGCGCCUGAGUCCGAUGUCGCGCAAGUGCACCCUCGAGCAACGGGUGAAGCAGGACCCACGCGUCAAGGCCAUGGAGAGGAAGAUCAGGCGGCUCAAGUUCUUCCUCGAGAAGGUCAUUCGCCCAGCCCGGCAGGCGAAUGUUGUCUCCAGCAACGCACGCCACCAACGGUACCGCCAGCAUCGUGCCAAUGAGCUCUUCGGCACCGUAUCACUGACGGACGCCAGGAGUGCCGCCAAGCAUCGGUGGCUGGCAAACGACCCGUGGGACAGGUUCUGGCGCGCGUGGAUGCGCCACCGCCACCCGCAGCUGGAGGUCAUGGAGCAAGUCUGCAACGGCCUCAUUCAACGUCUCUCGACGGAGUGCAUUGAGACGAUCCAAGAUGUCCGGCUCGGGAUUGUUUCCUCUGUUCGGGCCAUUCUCUGCACAGCUGCCAGCGCAGCGAGCAGGCUGCCUAAGCUGGAAAGUGAUUUUGACGUGGACUUUGCUUCCCGCGUCAACAGCAUCGUCCUUGACGAGGCUGGCACCUGCCCGGAGGCGUGUGUGACGUUGCUGCUGCACGCGUGUCCACACACGGACCGCAUCAUCGCCAUCGGCGAUAACAAGCAGCUUCCCUCGUUCUCCCGCAUCCGAGACGUGAAAAACGCCUGCCACGACUUUGCCUGGAAUGGGUCGUGCCGUUUUGGAGAUCGCUGCAGAUUCCGCCACGUGACGCAGCAGGGCUUCUUCCACCGGCUGGCCACGGUCUUGCGGGGCGGGAGCGGUGUGCACCAGCUCACUGUCCAGUACCGCAUGCACGCGAGCAUCUGUGGCAUGGUGUCGCGUACCUUCUACGGUGGUACCCUUGUUACGCCCGGCAGCACUGCUCGCGACCGCAGCAGCCAGGAUCGCCACGGCCUGUGGUGGAUUGAGACCUCCGCAGCGGCCAAGGAACAGAAGGAGAGCAAGUCAUAUGUCAACCAGGACGAGUGCCACCAGGUCCAGGAGGCGCUGAUGAAGCUGCAAGACGAGGUGGGAAGGCACGGCUUUGAGCAGCUCAGCGUCAAGGUCAUCACGUUCUACAAGAAACAGCGGAAGCUGAUGGCUGACGUGCUACGCCAAAGCGGUUUCAGGGUGCACACGAGCGAUGAUGCUCGCCAGCAGAGGCGGCGGAGGCGGCGGAGGCAGCAGAGGCGUCAACAAACUGCCCCGCCCGACGAGUUUACGGACGGCGAUGACGAGGUGGAUGAAGAGGAAGAUGACGCGUUCAAGGGCGUGCAGGUGCAGACGGUGGACGAAAGCCAGGGCUCCGAGUCUGACGUCGUGAUAUUGUCCUGUGUGCGCUGCAACGACCACGGCAAUGUGGGUUUUGUGAGCAUGCGCAAUCGCAUGAAUGUCGCUUGCAGUCGAGCUCGCUACCGCCUCGUCAUUGUCGGCAACAGUGACACGCUGAAGGAGCACAGUCAUCAGUGGCGCAUGAUCCAUCGACACUGUCGCCGCGUUCACUCGGCUCAGGAACUUUCUCAUUUCGGCCGCCCCGUGGUCGAUCUGCAACAAGCACUGGCGGACCUGGGCCUGUUUUGAACAGUGGCAUGGAAUUGACCUGUGCCAAGUGUCGCGUGUUACUUUUCUCUUCCUUUUCGUGCGCCCUGCGUCCGAAUGCGAGAGUUUGGGUUGAGAUGUUGCUCAUUCUUGGUUUGUUUGUUCUGGUAUUGCCCUCAUAACACGCUGCGUUGCUGCGGUUCAAGGGUUCCGUCUUUUUUCAUUUUGCUUGGGUCCCUCUGUGGUCUCGAGGCUCUGGUGCACAUGCUUUUGGCUUGCUGUAUUCUUGUGUUGUUGGAACACGUGGUGGAGGCUGGGUGGGCAGGAGGGAGGUGCCCUCCGCCCAUAUACUGGCUGGUUCUCUUUCUCUUACGGGGGUUCUUUGUUGUUUGCUGCUCCUUUGAGCCGUGUGUUGGCUGGCGAGAAGCCAUCCAUUCUCCUAUUCUCUGCCCUUGGUGCUCUUGUUCUCGGCCGUUGAUGUCGCCGUUGUUGCGGAGGAUACGAGAAGCAUGUUGGGUAUCCUCCUCUUUUCUUACUUACGAUUACCUGCCACUGUCUGUAGUGUUCUGGUACUUGAUCUUGUGAUGUUUGACUUGUUGGGGUGUGGUAGAAGAAGAAGGCAGACGCAAAUACAAGGAAAAAAAAAAAACACAGG